AUGGCGGCGUUUACACUCCGGGUGUUGAUGUCGCUGUGGCUGGUCACUUGUCUGGUCAGUGUGACUUGGACGGGUGCGAGACAUCCGCUGUGCGAGAUGGGGAGGUCGCAGGGAGGACUAUACCCACUCUCACCUCUGGACAGAGGCAAUCCUUGCAUCGUCAAUAGAGUGGCGAUACUGGCGAGCAUGGUUGCGUUAUUCGCUUCGACCAUCCUCUUCAUCCUACUACGCAAAGUCAACGAGCCAUUCCGAUGCCACCUCUUCGGUAUCGUCCGAGAGAGCGAUCUCUUACCUCUCCACCUGCCCUACAACCCCACAAAACGACUCACCCGCUAUCCCACUGGCUCCGCAAUGUCCUUUCAAUGCCGCUCUUCACAAUCCCUCUCACGAGAGACAUUCGCGCCCUGGACCAGCGCAGAAGUCCACCAGCUCCCUCCAAUCCCGUCCGACAACCACAACGCCAACAUCCGCGGUCUCGGAAUUCAAACCACCCGCUCCUCAGCACCACCGCUCUCCCUGUCCCCUCGCCCACCUCUCCGAUCCCACACAUCCCUCCCCAUCGGCCCACCUCCUCCAUCGCCUUUACCUCCAUUCCCAUCCUACCUCCCAAACAACUACUGGCUCCCCACUCCACCUCCAAAACCCACUCACCCUCCGCCCCGUCGCCCGACCAGACCAGACCAGACCUUCGACUUCGACUUCGUGCACUCCCCCACAACCGACCAUCUCCGCCCGCCACCUCGCGCCCUCUCCGCAGACAACCUGCACAUCCUCGACCGCAGCCUCUCCCGCUCAAGCAUCUACAGCCGCAGCACGUCCGGCGAAGCCCGUGCUGUACCAGCACUUUGCUCGGCUUCCAGUUCAGGCACUUUGACGACCAGCAGCAGCGCUUCGACCCUUCGACAAGACCAACGGGAAAGUCCUCUCAAGACCAUGCACGUCGCAGAAACACCGCAGAAGAUCGUGCUCGCGAGUCUAUCGAAUUGGGAUCUCGUGGACGUCGCCGCGCUGGAAGCGAAAAUGGCGAAGAUGGCUCCGCCGGUGAGGUUGAGGAGCAGAUCGGGGAUUGCGACGACUUGUCAUGUAAAGGAUUGUUGGGUGGAGAGUCCAAAUCUUGGAUUGGAAAAGGCGAAGAGUUUGAGGAGGGCGAAGAGCUAUGUGUAUAUGGAAGUGUUGGCGAUUGUGCUUGCCUCUUUUUGCGCCUGA